ACAUUAUUUCAAUCUAUAUAAUCACUAAGCCAAAACUAACUAUCUAUAUGACAAUUCACCUUGCCAUAUGAACACACCUUCCUUGUUUCCCCAAACACAAUCUAUAUACCUCCUUAAUUCAAAUGGGUCAUAACAAGAAUCUAGGAUUCAUAACAAAAAGUUGGUUUGCAUGGACCACAAAUAUUGUAUUCAUGUUGUUGGUUUUGUUUGCAAAUAGGACAUUGGAGAUUGAGGACAAAGUUGAAGAGCCUUCAAGUGGUUUAUUAUGCAUUAGUGAAUGUGUCACAUGUCCUACAAUUUGUUCACCACCACCUCCUAAACUUGCUUCAUCAAAUUCAAAUCACCCUCCUCCUUCACUCCCAACACAAAAUCCUUCAUCUCCUCCUUUGUUAACACCAAAUGCACCCCCUUUUCCACUAAUAACACCCCACCCUCCAUCUUCUCCACUCCUAACACAAAAUCCUCCACCUCCUCCACUAUUAACAUCAUAUUCACCUCCAUUUCCACUCACAACAUUAAAUUCUCCUCCUCCUCCUCCUCCACUUCUAAAAUCAUAUCCUCCACCAUCACUAAGUCUUCCACCACCAUUGUUGACUCUACCGCCUCCAUCUCCACCAAGUCCUUCAUCACAUUCUUCCGGGGAAACUCCUCCACCACCUUUGAAAUCUUCGCCUUCUUCAGGUUCAGGUCAAGGACAACCUAAAGUAAUUGGUGGACCACCACAAAACUAUCCAUAUCCCUAUUACUAUUAUUAUGCCUCAAGUGCAUCUCAUUUUUCUAAUCAUGUUGUACUCUUCUUUAUUGUACUUUUGUUCCUUCAUCAGAUAUUCUUUGCUUGGUAAGGGAUAACAAGUAGUUGUAACUUACUUGUAUGUAUAGUGUACAUAAUGUUUAUGAAAUAGAAUUCUGUAUAAGGAAAUAAUAUACAAUAUCAUCAUUAUGCGUAUUAGAACUAGGAGGGGAUGCGUUUGUAAAAGAAAGAAAAAAAGCACGGGAGGGGAGGGGAUGGGGUGAGGGAAUCCUUUGUAAUUUGUGAGUAAAUUGGAGUUAAUCAUUGACUUUUUUCUUACAUUUUUAAAAAUAUUUGUACUAUUUUUACAUAUAUACUAUAAUUUGUUCUAGUA